CCUGCGGGACUCGGACCGCGCACCUGCUGGGCGUCGCGGCGACACUCAGCAGCAGCGGCGGCAGCGGCACCCCGGAGGCUCUCGGCGCAGGUGUCCUAGAGCACUGAUGGCAAACUUCAAAGGCCAUGCUCUUCCAGGGAGUUUCUUCCUGAUAAUUGGGCUAUGGUGGUCAGUGAAGUACCCACUCAAGUACUUCCACCAGAAGGGGAAGAAGAACAGACCAAGCCAGCAGCAGCAGCGUAUUGAGGUCAUUGAAGGUGCAAUCAAGACGUUGUUUUCAAUCAUUGGGAUCCUGGCAGAGCAGUUUGUGCCAGAUGGGCCCCAUCUCCAUCUCUAUCAUGAAAACCACUGGACGAAGCUAAUGAACUGGCAGCACAGUACCAUGUACCUGUUCUUUGCAGUCUCAGGAAUCACUGACAUGCUUACCUACCUCUGCUCCCACCUCGUGCCCUUGGGAUUGGACAGACUGGUUUUGGCUAUGGCAGUCUUCAGUGAAGGUUUUCUCUUCUACUACCAUGUUCACAACCGACCUCCACUGGACCAGCACAUCCACUCACUCCUGCUGUUUGCUCUGUUUGGAGGGAGUGUCAGUGUCUCCCUAGAGGUGAUCUUGAGAGACAACAUUGUGCUGGAACUCUUCCGAACCAGUCUCCUCAUUCUUCAGGGAACCUGGUUCUGGCAGAUUGGGUUUGUGCUGUUUCCCCCUUUUGGAACACCUGAAUGGGACCAGCAAGACAAAGACAACAUCAUGUUUGUCACCAUGUGCUUCUGCUGGCACUACUUGGCCACCCUUUGCAUUAUGGCCACGAACUACUCUCUCGUUUACUGCUUUCUAACUCGGGUGAAGAGACAUGGGAAAGGAGAAAUCAUUGGAAUCCAGAAGCUGAAGUCUGACCACACUUACCAGUCUGCCCUUCUGAAUGCUUCAGAUGAAGAAUGAGAUCAAACCAUGGGAUGACAGCUUUCCCUCCUUUGGGCCACAACAUAGCUUGUCCCUCCACUUAAAGCCUCGUCCUGGUGUGCUCCUAGGAGCCCAUACAUUUGUACCUCCUUGUUUAAUACAAAGCCUGAGGCUAGAAUACAGGAAAUCAGAACUUGGGUAUUUUGUUACCUUGUUGUUUGGAUUUUUAAGCAUAAUUUAACUUAAAGUCUGUAUUAGAGUAAUAUCCUACAUGUGGAAAAAUGAACAUCUGUCAACAACCUAUGACAGGAAGUUACCUUGUGGAUGAAACAGGCUAUGUAUUCUGUGGGAUACCUUGCUGCCUGAUAGUUUCCCCUCUUCCCUCAAGAAAGCAGGUGCUUUCUUCUCAGAAAGAUAGACUGCUGGCAUUUAAUCCCAGCAUUUGGGAGGCAGAGGUAAGGAGGAUCACUGUGAAUUUGAGGGCAGCCUGAGACUACAUUGAGUUCCAGGUCAGCCUGGCCUACAGUGAGACCCUACUUCAGAAAAAAACCAAAAAAUAAAAAUAACAAAGUCAGUUUAUGAAGGCCUUGAAUUUUAGCACAGAAAGCAAAGGAUAUAAAUUCUGAAUUAAUAGCAGAGCCCUGACUCAACUCCUGGUUAACAUUUACUUCUCAUGAGUACUUAAACGGAUAUAAAGGUUAAUGAGAUGUCCAACGAGGAGUCCACAGGAUGAUGUGUGGUGACGGGGGAUGUGGGAGGUAGGCACAAACUGAGGAAGGAGCAGAGGGAAAUGGGGAGUUGGCCCUAUAGAAAAAGCACACCUAGUCAUGGAAAAUUAUGUAUAUACAAUGAGUUUCUAUGUGAAAAGAACUUUCUGUGCUAAUUGAUGUUGAAGGGUCUUAAAGACGAAAGAAUACCAUUCAUUUGUACAACAAUGUUCAAACUUGAAAUGUA